AUGUCUUCGCUGCUUGUCGACGCUGCAAGUGACAUUGCCUUUGAAGUGGUUGCUGCAGCAUCAUUAGCUGCUGUGGCAUCAGCUGCUGCUCUUAGUGUACACUGUUGUAAGCGUCGACACGAAGCUGAGAACUCGAACUCGUCACCACACGCGCUCAAAAAAGCUCGUCCAAAGAAAACGAAGAACACUUCGGAGCUCAUUCAUCCGGUGAUUUUAGCUAAUGGUGUUCACAUUAACACUGAACCAGUGAUUUUUGAACUGAAACGUCGUGCUGCUACUUUGAAAUGGAGUCAUAAACUUGUUUACACGUUCUUAGACGAUUUUGGUCGUGAGACUGUCAAUUUAAGCUUUAAGGAUGUGGAUUGUGCGGCGCGUAAAGUGGCAGCAGCUCUUCAACGUAAUGCCAAUGUGAGUAAAGGGGACCGUGUGAUACUAUGUUUCCCUCCUGGUCUCGACUUUGCUUUAGCUUUUUGGGGAUGUUUGUAUGCUGGAGCUGUGGGAAUUCCCGUGUAUCCACCGUACCCUGGCACUUUAGCUAAAGAUUUGCCCAAAUUUAACCGCCUUGUGGACGACUCAGGGGCUACAGUAGUGUUGACGAACUCGACGUAUCAUCUUGCUAGCAAGAUGGCUACAGUUAAAGGAUAUUUCUCCUCCUCCAAGACGUCCUGGCCCGCCAACUUGCAGUGGAUCACUACCGACAAUCUACCCGACUCACUAAUGUCAAAGUAUGACGAACAGGAUGCACUGUCAUUGACGCACCGUGAUAUCGCGUUUUUUCAGUACAGUUCUGGCUCGACGGCAGCACCCAAAGCAGUGAUGAUCUCACACGGUAAUUUAAAGGCGCAGUUGCAGACGUGGGAGAGCAUCAGACCUAGUGAUACUAUGGUAAGCUGGUUGCCUAGCUAUCAUGACAUGGGGCUAGUAGGCUUUAUCAUUACCCCGUGUGUCACAGCAGCGCGUUGUGUGAGUAUGUCUCCUAUUAGUUUUAUCAAAGACCCUGUUUUGUGGAUGCGUACAGCUAGUAAGUACAAGGCUACACAUGUCUGUGCUCCCAACUUUGGCUAUGCGCUUGUAGCAAGAAAGACAAGCGAUAAACAAGCAGCCGAAAUGGAUCUUAGCUCGUUAAAACAAACAAUUUGUGCAGCUGAGCCAAUUCGUCAUGAGUCUCUAGAGGCAUUUACGAAGAAAUUUAGCAAUUCUGGAUUCAAUGCUGAAUCAUUUAAUUGCGGCUACGGUUUAGCAGAAGUCACACUAGUAUGUACUGGUCAAGAUCCACCCCGGAAACCGACAGUAUUAAAUAUCAAGAAGCGUGUGCUUGAGACACAGCACAAAGUUGAGAUCGUGAGUGUCGGAAAAGAUGGUAAAAUUUCUUCCUCUGAUGUCAUACAAUUGGUAGGCAGCGGUAAGGCUAUGCCAACAUUUGGCUUGACGAUUGUUGAUUUAAAAAUGAAAAGGUCGAUUGGAGAGCUGCAAGUCGGUGAAAUAUGGGUACAAGGACCGUCAGUGGCGGUCGGCUACUGGAAUCGUCCCGAGCUCACAGAAGAGAUGUUCCACGCAAAGAUUGCUGGCGACAAGAGCGUCAACUCAACGUACUUGCGUACUGGGGACAUGGGCUUUUUGUACAAGAACGAGCUUUUCGUUACGGGUCGGCUCAAAGAUUUGAUUAUAAUUCGUGGCCGCAACGUGUGUCCACAGGACAUUGAGGCAUCUGUUGAACAGUCACAUGAUAAUGUUCGUCCAGGUUGCACAGCUGCUUUUUCAAUCGAAAAGAAUGGCGAAGAAGCGCUUGUGGUAAUUGCGGAAGUCAAAACUGGGUCUUCACAGCAAACGUUAGAAGAAAUUUGUCGAGAAAUUGUCAAGACGGUGCUAUCCGAGCACCAGCUUAAAUGUGAAGCGAUUGUGCUUCUCCGUCAAAAGACAAUUCCAAAGACCACAAGUGGUAAAAUACAGCGCAGUGCUUCGAAAGCCCGUUUCUUGGAUGGCACUCUUAGUAAACCUUUGUUUGAGUACCGAGCGAAGGUUGGCAACGUGCCAAUGGUAGCUACUCUAGACUCGCAUACGCCUAAUGUUACUGAUGACAAGCCGAAUGGCGACUUGAAGACACCUGAUGAAAUUCUCACGUGGUUACUCGAGCAUUUAGCGCUGGAAAAAAUGGACAUACCGGCGAUGGUUGGUGGUACAGAAACGAUUGACGGUCAGAAUGUAGUUCCAACGACACCUAAAGCUGCUGAGAUUGACCCGAACACUCCGUGGGCCAUGUUUGGAAUGGAUUCGAUAGCAAUUGUCGGGCUGUCGUCGAGUCUGGGCGAGUUUCUCGGAUGUAUAGUAUCUCCUUCAGCCUUUUUCCAAUUUGACACACCGUACAAACUUGCAAAUGCCCCUGGAUUGGCGUCUGGGGCUUUGGCUGGUAGCAAUGAGGGAGAUACCCAAGGCGACACUCAAGCUGCUAUAGAAUUGAAGAAUUUUCCGAGGUUCAGAGACUAUAUCAACAAAUUGAAAACUUCGAACGAGCAGGAUUGA